GCAAAAGGUCAACAUGACUGCACUGGGAAAUUAGUGGCAUUUUCAACCGUAAAAUGAGCUGAAAAGUCUGUAAAAGCAUGCCAAAUCCACACAUUUCUACACAAGAUUGGUUCUAUCAUAUACCAGCAGCGAGGUCUAAGAAUCCUCCAAGUAUUAUUGCACCUAUCCAGUCUCAAAUCCCAGGCCUCGGCAACAUACCUGAGGGUGCUAUUCCAAAUGAUAAUGAUAAACAUUUCAAAAGAAAGUGGUUUAGAGACACAGAUUCCAAAUAUGUGAAGCUUGCAAAAGCUGGUGGUCGAAAAAAUUUGCUAAGCUUUAUGCCAGGCAAGCUAUCAUCAGAACCAGUGUUGUACCCAAGAGUAGACUGGUUUGAUCAUCAUGGAGAUCAUGAAGAAAACACAAAUUAUAAACAGAAAUCCACAACAGACUAUGUUGUUCUACCGGAAUGGUACAUCCAUAAUGAAAGUGUGGAUGACCACAAUGAUGCAGAUGUUUCUAUGGACACAACUGAGAACCAAUUGUCUAAUGGUCAGAAUUCAAAAAAGAAGCCAAUGAUUGGUGAUUCAAUGACUGUUUGGCAAAGAGAAUCAAAAGAAGCUGCAGAUGAGGCAUUGCAGAAGAAACCAAUCAAGCUGCCAAAAAUUUGUAAGAACAACGCAACAAAGAAGGGAAAAGCCUUAAAAGAAACACCAAAAUUAAAAAGUAAUGUGGCAGUUUUGGAUGACUCGCAAGACAUGAGGAGAUUACUUUCGAUGGAUUAUCAACGAGAAUGGCUCUCAAAUAAAAGUGCAGAAUAUACAAAGGAGAUGAAAGCUCAAAUAAUUCUUGAAAAAGAAAGGCAGGCUCGUACGAGAAGAAUUGGCAAAAGAUUUCGCGACUCGCUGAAGCCAAAAAAAGAGAUUGUAGAAGAGAAACCGUUGUUUAAAUUAAGCAGGUUUAACAAGGUGAAAUCUUGUGUGGACACAAGAUGGUCGAGACUCGAAUCUGAAGACAAAUCGAUGGCACAUUAAUGUAUAGUUUAUCAAUAAUUAACGUGUUUCAUGUAUCUAGUAUAUAAUAUUCCAAAUGUUAUUUUUAUUUAUAUAUGUACUA